UAGUAAUCUAGUUAUCUUAAAAUUUGUAUAUAAUCUUUUGCUGUGUGCAGUCAAAAAAAAAAAAAAAAAAACUUUUGUUGUGCUAGCCUCUUAAAUGAUAUCAGAUUAUACUGUGAACGUGGCAUGUAUCUUGACAUUUUGACAUUUUGACAAGUAAUCAAAAAUAUCAUAAGACUAUCGAGUCUCAAGUUAACAUAUAAAUAUACACAUAUAUUAUCAACAUAAUACACUGUAUUUCCAAGUUACAAAAUUUUCCAAAUGUUUGUUAACUUUAGUAAAAAAAAAUAUAUUGUAUUAACCUACACCACGCAAAAGACAUUAAAAACAUUGUUAUAUAAUCUUAUCUUCAAGACAAUAUUCAAAUGGUGAUACAAUACCUUUUCUUUCCCAUUGAUUUCCUUUUAUCAUUUUCUCAUUUUAUUUAAACAUAUACAUACAAUUGUCCCAUAUUUUCUUUUACUAUGAAGUGUUUGAAAACAUUAUUCUCAAUGAUUAUACUUGUAUCGUGUCAUCUGGAAUACGGAGAUGGCCGGAGGAUUCUAAGGAUCAAAGAUUUCAUAACUGAUACUAACCAUAAAAACGUUGACUAUUCACAAGUAUUUCAAAAAGCAUGGAAAGGGUUAUGCGAAGGUGAAGGUGAAGGAACUGGCGGGUCAUCGCUAGUGAUAAAUGAGAAUGAAAAAUACACUAUACAACCACAACUGUUUGAAGGUCCAUGCGUAUCUUCUUACAUUCAUAUUCAGAUCGAUGGGAAAAUAGAAGCGCCGAAGAGACCAAAACAGUGGGGAAACAAACGAACUGAGAGUUGGUUAAUGUUCAAGAACGUGGAGAGUCUCUUCAUCAACGGCUCAGGUGUCCUUGACCCCCAUGGAGAAAAUUGGUGGCGAUCUGUUCGUCACUCUAAACGACCCAGAACACUUAGCUUUAAGCAAUGCACCGACAUAAUAUAUAAUGGGCUAACUCAAUACAAUAGUCCAAAGAAUCACAUUUCAGUCUAUGGUUGCACCAAUGCAACUUUAUCAAAUCUUACUUUGCUAGCACCCGAGAAGAGUCCAAACACUGACGGCAUUGGUAUUUCUCUUUCACACAAUAUUCGUAUCUUAGACUCGUCUAUCCAAACUGGUGAUGAUUGUAUUGCAAUUACUGGUGGGCGUGGUGGUUCUUCCGACAUCAACAUUACUCGUGUGGCAUGUGGUCCAGGUCAUGGUAUCAGCAUUGGAAGUUUGGGGAAAGGUGAUAUAGAUGACACUGUUGAGAACGUGAUCGUAAGAAGCUGCAGCUUUUGGGGAACUCAAAAUGGGGCAAGAAUCAAGACUUGGCAUGGAGGAAAAGGGUUAGCCAAGAAUAUAUUAUUUGAAAAUAUUACGGUAACAAAUACUAAAUACCCCAUAAUCAUCGAUCAACAUUACUCUAAUGGUGGCACUGGUCAUGUCAAGGGGAAUGCGGUGAAAGUAAGCGACGUAACAUUCAGAUAUAUUGAAGGGACUUCAGCAAGUAAAAUUGCAAUAAAGCUAGACUGCGAUGAAAAUCAAGGGUGUCAUAACAUCGUGAUGGAACAUAUCAAACUCACAUCUGCAAAGCCGGGGAAGAAACUCUCUGCAUAUUGUAAAUUUGCAGAUGUGAAAGCUUCAUUCGUUAACAUCCAUAUAAACUGUGGUUUAUAUCCUUAACUUUUGCCGUUGUUUCCUCCUCUUCCAAAAAUUAUUUAGGAACAUAUACAAAGGAUAUUUUUUAACUAAAAGCAAUUAGUUAAUUAUUUGGAUAGAAUCUACUAAUAAUAGCAAUCUCAAUUAAUUAUAUACAAAUUUAUAUUUUUCAUCUAAGAAAAUAUAGAUAUCAAAAAAGUAUUUUAUUACUUCAAAAGUAUAUUUUAUGUCAUUUAAAAAUAUUUUUUAAAUGUAAUAUUACUAUUUUCAUUUUUCAAUUCGUUUUUUUAAGUUUGUAAAAGAUUUCCUUUUUUAUUAUAUGUAAAUGUUUUUUGGAAAAUUUUAAAAAGGAAACUAUAUAUAAAAAUAAAUAAUAGUAUUUUAAAUGUAAUAUUUUAAAUUCAUUAAGAGUAUCAGUGUAAUCAAUCAUCGUGAGAGUUAACGUGAAAACGACACAUAAGAAACUGACUUCUCAAAUAAUAUUAUAGAGAUAGCAUGUUCAAAGUAUUGUAUAGUCACACAAUUAAUUUUUGGAGUUAUUAUGUACAGUAUAUGCAAUCCAAUUCCUCUUUUAAAUCUAUUUUUCCAAUAAAUUAUUCUUAACAAAAUAAUAAAAGGAAAUGUUUUUGUUUAUUUACUUUUUUAUUUGUGAAAAAAAAAGACAAUGACCAUAUAUAUAUAUAUAUAAAGGAUAUAUGGUCAUCACCUAUGUUUACACAGA